AUGAAUGUGAAUUUGAGACUAUUGUACGGCUUUAUCAUAAUAAAGUCUGCGAUUCUUAUAUCUACUGAGAACCCUCAAAACCCAAGACGGGGUCUAAAUAAACCUAGAGCUGUAAAAACCGGUAUUAAAAGGACAAACAGACAUGGAUCUGGUAUAAACAAUGCUCCAAUCGGAAAUAAACGAUCCAAUAAUGGAGGUUUAAAUCAUAUGUCUGCAGAAAAUGAUAAGUAUGCUACGGCUAGAACUAGGCAAAUGAGAAUUAAACCAUCAAAAGAAAUGAAUAGAUCGUCAAAUAGAAAUAUAAACCAUGAUAUCAGUUCAAUUAAAGGGAGUAGUGUUAAAAAUACAGUUAGAUAUAAUGUAUCUGAUAGAUACAGAAAUAGGAUGACAAAGAAUAAUGCAGCGCCAAUGGGAAAAAAGAACAGGUAUUCAGUCGGUAGGAUUUAUGGCAUUAAUUUUGAUGAUGAUGAUGAUAAUAAUAAUAAUAAUAAGAAAAUAAGAUCUAUUCAUGCCCAUAACCAGAUGAAUAAGAAGCGAAAAAAACGAUUCGCAUCAGAAAAUCCUGAAAGUUCUGGAAGCUUACAAAAUAGAAUGAAAGAUCUAGCAAAAAAGGGUGGAGUUAAAUUAGGGAAAAUGGCAUUAAGUAAAGGAUUAGGUUAUGCUGAAAAAAUGUUAGCUAAUGAGACUCCAGAAAAUGAUUCCAAAGAUGAUAAUGAUGAUGAAGAAGAUUACGAAAGCCUAUUUAAAAAUGAAGGAGACAAGAAAGAUACAAAGGAACAAAAAUCAACUUCAAAAUCUAAUGGUAGGGAUAAAAUGGAAGAGUAUGAUGAAGAUUUUGCAGACUCCUAUACGAGUGAAGAUAUUCUAAAUGGUGAAGAUUCAGAAUCAGAAAAGGAUCAAGAAGAGUCUGAAGACGACGAAAAAAGUGACGAAUCUGAGGAAGAGGAAGAGGAAGAGGAUGAUGAUGAAGAAGAAGAAGAAUGGGAAGAGGCUGAAGAGGACAACUUUGAGGCACCUGAUGAACCAGAUGAAUUUCAGGACGAUGGUAUCGUUGGAAAUCAAUACAAAACACCAUCUGGAUUAGAAUACCUUGGUGCCGGCUAUGACCUGAUUAAAGGCAAUCCACUAGGAGACAAAUUAACCCUCUUAGACCCAGGAUAUAGAUCAAACAUAAUCCAGAUGCAUUGGAGUAAAAGGUUUGAAGGUGUUUCUAACAGCUUAAAAUUUCUGCAACCACUUGGUGGAUGGAUCCGGCCAUAUCCUUCUUGCCACAAAGUUGAAAUGGUAACUGAAAUAAGGUCAUCUGACUCACUUCUCAAGGCUCUAUCAGCUGAUGCGAAUGUAUCCCUAGUUCUCCCUGGUGAUUCAUUAAAGUUUUCGGCCUCAGCUAAAUUCAAACAGUUGGAUAAUGUGUCAAAAUCAGAAGAUAGGAAGAUUUACAUGAACAGAUCAUAUUGUUUCAAAUAUGUAGCCGGAAUUUCAACUUCAUUGCACUGGGAUUUUACUCUUGGCUUCAAAUCGGUAAUAUCCGGUCUAACUCCUCAUUUCAAGGGUUUGGAUGAGAAUUCUGGUUGCAAACCAUCUGUAUAUCUAGAGGACUCAACGAGUGAUAUAUGCAAAAGCAGCGGGGUCACAGGUUGGAUGGAGUUAUUCGAAAUAUUUGGAACCCACGUUGCCACAAAAAUAUAUUUAGGUGGUAAGAUUUUUAGCACAUUGGAAGUAAAGAAAAAUCAAGAAGAAAUGUUUAAGAACAGUGGUAUGGAUAUAAAAGCAAUAUUAUCUUCUCAACUAAAAGACUCUGGAAUUAAUUCUACCGUAAGAGUAUCGGUUUUAAAAUCCGAUAAUAAUGAAGAAAUCACUCUUGACACAAAGAAAACAACAUUUGUUAUUGGAGGUGAUGUUUAUAACUAUGGUAAAUACAUGAGUUUUGAUAAGUGGGCAGAAACUGUGUCUGACCAUUCAAUGCCUAUUAAAGCGGAAUAUACGCCCAUAAUAAAUUUUUUGGACAAAUCACUAGAAAAGGCGUAUAAUAGUGCCUACAUCUAUUAUGGCAAAUUAAUCUUAAAUUCAGAUGAUUAA